AUGAAAAUACAGAGGUUGCUGUCUCGCGGCGCUUCUCCCGUGCCUCAAGACGAGCUGUCGGGCAGCGAAGGAAGCCUGGACGUAGAAGAGGAGCUUCACCAGCGGAGCCUUGAUCCCUCGGAUCCCGAUGUCUACUUGGAUGCCUUCUUCGGGCCUUUGUUCUUCAAGCUGGAUCGGAUCCGCAAAGAAGGCUCGGCGAAGCCCCGCUUCUCCGAUUACUGGCUCGUGAGCAUUUUCCUGCUGCUCAACGUGGGUGUUCAGCUGACGAUUGCCUUGAAGAUCGAGCAAGUGGGACAGGAAACCUAUGGAUCCAUUGGCAAAAACCUGAUGCUAGGCUUGCGCGACUCCUCGACCUAUGACUUCGACUGCACCCAGCCGAUGCUAACCUUAUCCAUCUUCCCGGAGAGCUUGGAUACGAACCGCGAUGGCUUUUGGACCAUUGACGAGGUAGUGGCAAGGCAGGCGCAGCUUGCCAGCUUAGGGAGCAACAUGGCCAGGGGCAUGAACAAGACCGUGCGGCGCAUGGCGAAGUAUGAUGAGACGAAUCGUCCAGGCUCACGCAGCAUGUCUACGAGCCCUGUCAAGCUGGACAUGGAGUUCUUCAAGUUCUACAAAGGAAAGAUCCAGGUCUGUGUGGCCAACGACAAAAACUUGUGUGGAAACCUCGAAGCCUCCCAGCAGCUGCGUAAGAUGCUGGGAGGCGACGCCCAAGGCGAUGAGGAUCGUGUGGCUGAGUGCGAGGACCUUAUGAACACCUUCUGUCCGAAGAUCUUCGGAUCGAAUUUCCAGUGGAUCAAUUACGAGACAUCAGAGCUCUGUGGUGAGCCUGAGUUUGACCGGCACGGGGACGUGAACAAAGUCACCUACGAGUCAGUUACGACCUACAAGGGAGAUUCUGAUUCGAUUCUCGGCCAUAUCUUCGUCACCUUCUUGGUCUUGAUGCUCUUCGUGUGGAUCAUGCUGAUGCUGAGUGAAUUCCGCAGCAUCUUCAAUCUUUUCCAUGUGAUUUGGUAUAUGCCGUCGACGAGCGACUCGGAUUCAAGCUUUGCAAGUGGAGACGAGACGUUCACAGUGUCCAAGUUGCCGACCUUCCACAAAGUCUUCUCCUUGCUGUUCAUUGCCCUGCCGCGUCUCGUGAUUGCAGUGGUAGUCCUGUACGUGGGAGCAAACUUCCUGGCAAUCACCAACAACUUGCAGGACCUGGUGCUUAACAGCACUGCUUUGGGGUUCCUCAUUGAGGUGGACAACAUGAUCCACAGUUCCUUGCUGGGCCAAAGCUUCGAGAUCCUCGUGAUGCACCGCUUCGAGGCCGUCUCAGCGCCGAGUCGCGAGCGCGGGGUGGUGCAAUCCUUUGGUGCCUUGGUCGUGUCUCUCGUUGCCACGGGCUUGUUCAUUGCUUACAUCUACUACCAGCCAUUCGGAUUGCAAGCGGUAGGCUUUGGUGUGCAAUGCUUGUGCCACCUGGAGGGAAACUGCUAUGCCCAGAAGCUGCUUCCAGAAGUGGGUUAG